CCAAUCACUGCUCGCUCUGCAGCUCGCUGUGUGUCCGUCACUGAGACUAGUCCGAGUGGAUACACUGAACAUGUGGGGGACAGAGCGCUGCAGCUCGAGCAGCUGAUAAAAUAAUAUAAUAAUAACAUUUACGUUUAUAUUAUUAAAGUUAUAACUAAUACAACGACACGGUCCGUAACUUGAGCUCCUGAUCGCUCGGUAACUGAAGCUGUUCGAGAUUCAGCAGAACCCUGAAGAAGAUGAGUCUGUUACCCAGAACCGCGGAGGAGUUCAGCUCAGCGGACUACUGGGAACGGUUCUUCCGAAAACGCGGAGAAAAGGCUUUUGAGUGGUAUGGAGACUACAACUCACUGUGUGGAGUUCUGCACAAAUACAUCAAACCCAAAGACAAGGUGUUGGUGGUGGGUUGUGGCAACUCUGAGCUGAGUGAACAGCUUUACGAUGUCGGCUACCGUCAUUUAACCAACAUUGACAUCAGUGAGACAGUGGUAUCUCACAUGAACCAGCGGAACGUCCAACGACGACCUGACCUCAUCUUCGAACAGGUGGAUGCCACCCAGACAGGAUAUGAGAAUGGCAGCUACCAGGCAGCCCUAGACAAGGGCACUCUGGAUGCCAUGGCCUCGGAGGAAGAAGGUGCUCUGGCAGGUCGGAUGCUGGCUGAGGUGGCCAGGGUUCUGACUGUGGGUGGCCGCUACGUGUGUGUGACUCUAGCACAGGAGCAUGUGAUAAAGUUGGCAGUAGAGCACUUCAGUAAUGCUGGCUGGGCCAUACGGAUCCAUUGUCUGAGCCAACAGAGCCAGGACUCGGAUUCCUCUUCAUUUGCCCUGCCGGUCUUUGUUCUUGUGUGCACCAAAUUUCGCCAGCCCCCUCCCUUUGCAGUGCUGGAGCUGUGCCAGGGAGAAGAUGGUGCCCCCUGUAGGUUGUCGGCAGUGUCUGAUCUGUUGGGUGCAAUAAAGGAGCGCCAGGCUUAUGCCCUCAUGCUUCAGAAGCUGAGAGGAAGCACAGACACUUCUAGCUCACCUUCUCUCACACUGUGCCAUGCAGCCUCGGGUCGUCCACGAUACACUCUCACAGUUCAAGAUAGUUCUCCUUCUACCAAGGUGCCCCGAACAAACCACUUUGCAAUCUUUAUCGUUCCUCAGGGCCGUGAAUCAGAUUGGUUGUAUGGCUCUGCUGAGGGACGUGCUCAGCUAGCCUCCAGUGCUAAAUUUCGACGUUUGAUCAUUGUUGCAAUGCAUCGAGACCAAGAGUAUGAAGACAUGCAAGCAGUCCAGUCUGAACUGUCUCCCAUGGUGAUGGAACUGGCACCUCCUGGAAUGCCAGCCAAUCAGCAGGUGCCGUUCUUGUCUGUAGGGGGUGACCUGGGCUGGAGGGAGGUGGUAGGCAGAGGGGUCAGUGACCUAACUGGGGAGUACUCUGUGGAGGAUGUUCGCGGAGAGGAUGGUCAUCUCUACCGCAGAUUGGUAUUCAUGAACAACACUCAGCUAGUGCAGUCUGAAAGCCGCCUCCGAUCCACCACCCCAUCCUCUGCUCAUAAAAAGAGGAGCAAGAAGAAAACAAAACCCUCCACUGAUCCUCCACCUUCUGCUGGCAAAAAACAUGCUGUCGACAAAGGAUUUCUCUGUUGUACACAUCAUGAGGUGAUGGUUGCAGGCCUUGCCAUGCUAGGAACAGCAGCUAUCAAAAAUAAAGAUGCGCUGGUAUCAGUGUUAAUAGUGGGUCUGGGCGGUGGAGGUUUGCCCCAGUUUGUACGAGACUUUGUGCCCGGUGCGCGAGUGGAGGUUGUAGAGUUGGACCCAGCUGUGCUUGAGGUGGCAAAGACCUGGUUUGAGUUCCAAACAGAUGACAGACUGAAGGUCAUACUGGGAGAUGGCCUGGAGCAUAUCAGUACUCUUGCAAGCCUGGGGGGACAUUCCUAUGAUAUCAUCAUGUUUGACGUUGAUAGCAAAGACCCCACCCUAGGCAUGAGCUGCCCACCGCCUGCCUUUGUAGAAACAUCACUACUGGAAAAAGUCUGCAAGCUGUUAACCCCUCGAGGUAUUUUUAUGUUGAAUCUUGUGUGUCGUGACUCGUCUCUGAGACUGUCGGUGAUGGACCGCUUACAGGCCGUGUUCCAUAGUGUGUUCUCUCGUCCCAUUGAGGGCGAAGUCAACGAGGUGCUGCUUUGUUCCAGGGCUGGUAGUGGAGGAGACAAACCGUCUGAUUUCCCACAGGAGCUGCAACAGGCUGCCAAAACCCUACAGGGGGCGCUGCGGAACAGCAGUCAGAAUGCCCCUUGCAACCCUCAAAUAGACAUUUCUUCAAUGCUAAAAAACCUACGGGUAGCAUAAAUAUUACCCGCUUAGUAAAGUGACAAUUACCCACGUGUUUUUGUGCAAGUGAUGCACGAGACAAGAGGAUAAGUUGAAUGAUGAUGUAUGAGCACACAGAUCUGAUUUAGAUAUAAACAUGGUGGGUGCACGCAGUGGAUACACAUUUAAAAUCAUUUUCAAUUAAACUGAAAUCAGAUUAAUGAUUGUGAAAUUAAUACAGUAAACUGCAAAAAAAACAAGGAUUACAACUUGGUAUGUGUUCCUUUUAUAAUUAAAAGUUUAACAUCCUGCUCUCAAAAUAUAUAAACAUGUUCAGAGUAUCAUGGUAUUUUGAAAGAAUGUCUUGUUUAUAAUAAGCAUAAGUGUUUUUGCUUUUUUAGUAUUGGUAUAUAAGCAAAGUUGGGAUGUAUGGAGAUUGUUAUUUAUAAUACUGAAAUUAGGUUUACAAUCUAGGUUACAUUUAGUAAAGGCAACAUAUACAGCACAGUUACUUUUUACAUUUUAUUUUGGCAAAGAAUGUAGGCAUGCUCUUCCACAGAUAUAUUUUUUUUAUAAUCAACAUUGUCUUUGUUCUUGUAUUUGGAUUAUCAUUACUGUCUGUUGUUGUCUGUUGUGUGAUCCUCUCAGUGUUACUGAACUCUGCUAAAGCAUGAGUAGACUGAUAAAGCACUGUGCUGAUCUGCUGAUCAGUUUUUUAUCUGUGUUACUGAACUCUGCUAAAGCAUGAGUAGACUGAUAAAUCACUAUGCUGAUCAGUCAUUCAUCUCAGUGUUAAUGAGCUCUGCUAAAGCACAAGUAGAGUGAUAAAUCACUGUGCUGAUCAGUCAUUUAUCUCAGUCUUAAUGAGCUCUGCUAAAGCACGAGUAGACUAAUAAAUCACUAUGUUGAUCUGUUGAA